AUGUCGACGAAGAGAAAAGCUGAUUCUGAAGGAACUGAUGGAAAGCCGGCGGAUGAAGUCCGUAAACGAGUCCCAAGACAGGACCCCGUGUCCUGCCAGACCUGUCGGACCAAGAAGUUGAAAUGCGACCGCCAGCAGCCAUGCUCGAAUUGCAAGACGCGUCGAGUCCCCUGUGUCUAUGGCACUGGCGUUGUUGAUGAAACAAGACUUGUUAAGCCAGCAGCGCAUGAUGAGAAGACGACAACCCCGAAUAUCGUCGUUGAUCAAAGAGUCGAGGCCAAGCCUCCUCCAGCUGCUGAAAAUGCUCCUAGUCGAAUUGCUUGCCAAGCGCACUUAUCGCGAGAAAGCAGUGAACAGCAGAUGACGGCAGAUUGGCUCGAGAAGAUCGUCAUGGGUCCACAUAUUCUUCCUGCGCUGCCAAUGAUGCUGAAAGAUAAAGUGAUGUCGCCCAGCUCUCCAGAUGCCAGCCAGCAUAAGAUGUCGAGGCGGGAGAGCGACAUAUGUCUCAUCCCACGUGCUCAAAACCCUGCACACAGCGCCUCUGCAACCACCAAACUGACCUCCUUCUUACCAAGAGAGUCAGAGACCCUUUCUCUGUUCAAGUACUACUUGGAUUACGUCGACUAUCUCUACCAUGUCAUUGUACCAAGUCGCGUCCAGGCUCAGAUCAACGAUAUCUACCACUGCGUGCACAACAAUGCACCAGUAGAUUUGAACCAUCUGGCCCUUCUUUUCAGCAUCCUUGCUGCAGCGUCAUAUUUCUGGCACCAGGGCACCGGCAAUUUCUCCGAAUCACCCGAAUACGCAGAAGCCCGCUGUCGUGAAUUCAUAUCCAUGGUCGGUGCAGCCCUGAUCCAAAGCAACUAUAUGACAUACCCUACCAUCGAGGGGUUCCAGGCAACGGUCAUUGUCGCGCAUUGUGUACCCUAUACCGACACGGACUCUUCCAUCGCUUCUUUAUUCGUCCAUGGGACGAUGGUCAAUCAAGCAAAGCACCUUGGCCUCCACUGCACUGAUUCCCCCCGGUACGAGGAGGAAAGAAGAACCCAUGGCUUUGACCCGGUGGACGUGGAAAUGAGACGGAGGUUGUGGUGGCAUCUGGUCGCCUACGACUGGUUGAUAGGGUUUCUGAGCGGUCCACAAGAGCGAACAUAUCUCAUACACCCGAAGCAUAUGAACGUGAAACUUCCAGCCAAUAUCGAAGACGAGGAUAUUGGCAAAUUUCAGGAUGGCUACUCACUGCCGGAGUCAGUCCCAACGAAGAUGUCCUACGCCAACCUACGUCUGAAACUGGCGAACUGGUGCCGGGAGAUGGUAAAUGAGACUGCAGUUGAGCAUUUUCAAUGUUUGGAAGUUAGCUACGACAAGAUCCUGGAUAUGGACCGAAGACUGAAUCAAAUCUACAAAGAGCUCCCGGACUUCUUUCGGCUGGAUCCUGUCAACCGAAGACGAUAUGCAAAACUCUAUCGGGAGCGACCACAAAUCGCAUGGCAACGACUUCUGGUUCAGCAAGGGUUCCACUCUCGAGUAUGUCGAUUACAUCGUGAGUAUUUUAUCAGGGGCGCACGAGAUCCGAAGUAUUCCUAUUCUCAUGUGGUUUGUUUGCAAUCUGCCCGUCGAGUCAUCGAGAUCAAACGCAUCAUGGACGAGGACGAGGUCAGAUUCACGCCCAGCAGCUCAGUGGUCUGGUCCGUGAUGCAUCACGUCUUCAUGGCGGCUGUGAUCCUUCUGAUGGAUGUUUGUUUUAACUGGGAUGAUAUCCUGGCCGACAAACGGAGGGAAGAAGUCUUGGACGCCUGUCGAAUGCUCGACAAGGCGCAACAGAGCUGUUCCCUGGUCCGAGAAGGUAUUAAUGCGAUGAUGGGGGUUUUGCAGAAGUAUUGGCGGUUUGGAAAAUCAACAACCGCAUCAAACACUAAUCAACCCGAAACAUUACAUGCAAGUUCAACAUGUGAGAGGAAUGAUGGCGUUGCACAAAUGCAAAAUAAUCCUGUUUCUGCCACUGUUGUUUCCACGCGAGAGGCGGGUGGAAUGCAGGCCCCUGCAGCAGAAGAGAAAACUGCCAUCACUUCACUCCCAGCAAAUGAGACAUUUACCGCUGAUUGCAGCGAUCGGGGACUGGAAGAUCUAUGGUCAGAGUUUCUGGACAGUGGUGCUACCUUGGGGACUGACCCUCACGACUGGAUGGGGUUGUUGACAGAACUCACCGAGGUCAAUGUGCCUUCACGUGGCAGUGAAAGAAAUGGAAUUUGGGGCUUACUGGAGUUUGAUAUUUUUAUAGAUGGAUGGCCUGCAGGGCUGUAUGGCUUCAUGCAUGGAGUAGAUUCCAAAACCGGUUUAGGGCUUAUAUACAUGAAGCAGUGUGCCUCGUAUUUUAAAAAUUCUAUAUUCCAGAUGGAGAUAACUGUAGGCCAGGUUUCUGGACUGAUCGCCUUUGGCGUCGUCGUUGUGCGAAUCACUUUCCCACUGAUCCUGUCGUUGAUUCUCGCAUGGCUAUUGCCCAGUGAGAACAAUGCUGUGACUUGGUCCGUUGCGAGUCGUUCGCUGCAGUCGACCUUAUGGCCCGCAAUCCUCCAAACCAAUGCCGCUGCGUCGAGAAAAGUCUCGCGAAUGGUGCUCUCCCUUUCCUGGCUGACCACGCUCAGUCUCGGUGUGGUUACAGUGACAGGUAUCAUCACUCCGCUGGGCCUCUCUGAUCGUGUCGAGCCCAUCAGCCCGCGAGCGAUGCCUUUCGUAUACGCCCCGGAUAAGUCGGCCUUUGGACUGGUCACUCCGCCCCGUCCAGACAUGCCGUUUUCGCGGCAGUGCGGUGGCAUCGCUGCUUUAUCGUCUGUCCUGGAUCGCAGGGGACGGACGCGCGCAGGGAAUUAUUCGACACGAAUACCAAGCAACAUAACCGACAUCUUUACGAGUGCCACCUCGCACAACGGGAGCACCGUCUCUGGGAUUUUCGACAUGCAAUAUCGGCAGUAUUACCCCACCUCCCAGAGCCAGGUCGACAACAACCAGUCGUAUACGGUGGGAUACUUUCGCAGCGUGGACAUUCUUCUUCUCCAUGAUAAAAUCGAACCGGUUGAGGGACUCAUCGUCGAUAGCGAAAACGGCGGGAUUGGGUACCGCAACCAUACCGUCCCUUCUGGCCUUCAAGACGGCGCCGUUUGGGACGAAGAUAUCACUUGGAUUGAGCCGGUUACCCAAUGCGUCGAUACGAACCUCUCCAUUCAUUUCACGAUCAACUAUACGGACGGUGACCAGAUGUCGUUGACCAAUAUCUUCUUUCAAGACGAAGGAGGGUUCGCGGAUCUGCCACUGCAGGGCUACGAGUGCAAUACCAAAAACCUCCAGGAGAAUCCGGAUCUGCUCGGUCGUGCCGCACAGGCAGCAUGGGCUCACAAUGCUCUGACCAUGGUCGCCCUCAAUCUGACGACGUUCGACGCACUCUCGAGUCCGAGAAACAUGACUCUGGGAGGGAGACAUCCAUUGCCAACCUUACUUAGUCCUGAUUUCAGACCGGAUUCAAUCCAGAUCACUCCACUGAGUGGCAUUUUGUUGUAUAGCUCAUUAAAUGCAACCAAUAUAACGGAUGCCCAGAAUGUAUGUGAAAAUAGAAUCCUCCCUGAGUCUAGCAGUGCAAAUAUCGAUACCGUUGCAAUCAAUUGCGGCCUUCUCCUGGUGACCCCUCAACGAGCUGACGGCGGAGAUCCUCGCAUCUUCCAGCAGUUGAGCGCAUGGAGUCAGCGUCUUUACGUCUGCUCCAGCGCGGUCCGCGCAUCCAUCAAAACAGUCGGCUUCAAGUUCAAUGGAACGGCCGACCUCGCUAACUUGGACGUGUUGAACGUCACGGCCAAAACAUACGGAGACGAGCCGGAACCCCUGUGGGCAAUCGAAGAUACCGGCCAGGCUGCAGUCCUGACAUCCCCUCUUUGGGGACUCGUCGACGACCGAUACGAGAAGGCGGAGCAUCUGUUCACUCGUCGAUCCGACGGUCUCUAUCUUCCGUUCUGCUGGCAGGGUUAUACCGGCUUCGACAACCUCUACGACAGCAUAGCGGGGAGCAAUGGUUUCCAGAUCGCCAUGAACAGUGUAUAUGGAAUGUCAAACACGGAGGCAGUAACACUGUCCCUCCCGGGCGGUAUUGUCCUUGCGGAUUAUACCGGAAGGCAAAGUGUUGCCAUGCAGCAGCUGUGGAGCAGCCUGUCCGGGAGCGCUGCGAGCUGCUCCAAGAUUGUCAACUUGAUCUAUACGGAUCUCAUCGCAUCCGCGACGGUGGGGACCAAGAAUACAAUCUCUUACCUGGUCGUGGACCACUCGCAGCGACCUGUUCCCGUCCCGCCCGGAAUCAGUCGCAGCAUUCUCGUGACGCCGCUCUCCAAUGUCAUUCACUAUGACAUGCUGUACGCUAUCCCCGCCAUCGUCUGCCUCGUCCUUUGGAUUCCCGCGAUCGCCAUCACGCUGGUCCUCUGGAUUGCGUCGGGCUUCUCAUCGCCAAACCUGAUCCAGCUCCUGAACCAGACGGCAGCAGGCCGGAUCAUGACGAAUCUGAUGCAGCCGGAACUGUAUGACCCGUUGGCCUCGACGAAGACGUGGCUGAAACGGGCGGGAGAGACGAGAAUCAAGGUCCAGUUUACGAAUGGUGAGGAUCAGAGUAUCAGCAAGGAUGGGAAUGGACCGGCGGAUCAGCUUUUACAGCAUGAUCAACGUGAUUCUCAUUGA